AAAAUAACAAAAUCAUACAUUUUCACUUCCUCAAAGCUUCUCUCAUAAAUUUGAGUUUCAAUCAUCUAAUAUCUCUCCCAAAAAAAAAAAAAAACAAGAGAGAGAGAAUUCCAGGGAGAUUGACUAAAAAAGUGUGUGUCAACUUCCUUCACAUAUGUGUAGACAUAUUCAUGCAGGCACAGAAGGGAAAAAAAUAUGGAGAAAGAGUCAAUAUAUGGUAAAGGUGGUACCUUUGACAAGAAAAUUUGCAAGUUCUGUUGAAUAAACAAUUUGGGUGCCUUUUAAAGUAAAUUAUUCAGUGUGGAGAACGUCAAUUUUUUGGAAAAUUGAAAAAUUAUUAUAAGGGGUAUUUUUUUUCUUCCAAGUGACAAAAGGGGGUGUGGGUAUUCUGAUAAGAGGUGGGUAUUGUAAAAUUUGUUUCGAAUGGUAGUAACAGAACAAGAUUUGGAAUUUUCUUGGGAAUUUGAUUAUUGGGUUGUUGACUGGAAGGUAAAGUUGCAAUCUUGGAAAAAAAAAUUGGGAAAAAAGAUGACAUCUUCAGCUGUGAAUUUGGUGAUGACAGUGAUUGGGUUUACAGUGAGCAUUAUAUUCAUAGUAUUUGUGUGCACAAGGUUAAUUUGUGCAAGAAUUCAGUACUUGACAAGGAGGAGGUCUUCUGCAUAUACUUCUAGAUCUGAUCUUAGCAUUUUGGAACGUGGUUUACAUGGUCUGGAGCCUCUUGCUGUUGCCAACUUUCCAACAAAGAAGUAUAGUGAUGCAUUUUUUUCAUUUGCAGAAGAUACUCAAUGCACAGUUUGCCUUUCUGAGUAUCGGGAGGAAGAUACUUUACGUAUUUUGCCAUUAUGUGGACACUACUUCCAUGCCACAUGCAUCGACAUAUGGUUUCAGCAGCAAUCUACUUGUCCUGUUUGUCGGAUUUCCUUACGCGAGACUGCUGAGAACAAGUGCUGCUUGCAGCCCUUGUUUAGUUCAGCUUUUCGAUCUCAAUAUACGAUGGAUACCCUGAAUGUUAAUUCGAACCAAUGCUCGUCAUCUGGGCAGAGGCAUUCUUCAAGAUUACACGACAACCAGAGAACGAACCCCACUACAGCAAGUGCAUCAAAUGCAUAAGCCUUUUCGCCACAAGAGUAUAAACGGUGAAAUUGGCAGACAAAAGGUAUUUACAAUGUUGUGCUGACAUUCAUCCAGGUAUCCAGAUUUUGCUCAUCCCUUUUGUUAAGUAUAGCAAGGUGAUAUCUAUGUACCAUAGACUCAAUACGGUCCAGUCCUUCUUCAAACCCUGCAAAUAGCGGGAGCUUAGUGCACUAGACAACCUGGACGGACUUUUUUUCAUGGCAAUUUUUUUUCUCUUUUUGUAAAUAUAAGUUCAGUUUAGGUGGUAGCAGUCUUGUAUACAGAGCCGGAGCUAGAGAGACGAAAGAUCCAAAUCUCUGUUCAUUGGAUAAUUACACUGUAUAUAUAAGGUUAAAAUUUUUGUUUACUACGUUUAUAUAGUAGAUAGAUGAUAAACUUUCUUGGUGAAAAUUCUGUCUCCGUCAUUGUAGGUAUAACAACCAUUAUUUUAG